AUGUCACAGUAUCUUUUGGAGGCCGGUUGGACUGGAGAUGGCAAAAUGAUUGGUAUCACGGAACCGAGGAGAGUAGCCGCCACCUCACUGGCCAAUCGUGUUGCUGACGAACAAAACUGCGUCCUCGGCACUGUCGUAGGAUAUUCGAUACGCUUUGACGAUUGCACCGGCGAAGAUACGAAAAUUAAGUUCAUGACCGAAGGUAUACUGCUUCGAGAAAUGAUGGGUGAUCCUUUACUGACCAAUUACUGUAUCCUUAUGCUGGACGAAGUACACGAGCGAACCUUGCUCACCGACAUCGUGAUGGGAUUACUGAAGAAGAUAAUUCGGAAGCGACGAAGUUUAAAAGUAAUUGUGUCAUCGGCAACCGUCGAUGCUGAACAACUUCGUGAUUUCUUCAACACAAACACUUCGAAGGACAAACCAGUCGCCGAUUAUGUGAAAGCAGUCGUUGUUACGGCGUUGAAAAUUCACGUGCAUGAAGAACAGGGUGACAUCUUGGCAUUUCUCACCGGAAUGGAGGAAGUCGACAGGGCGGUUGAUCUGCUUAACGAGCAUGCGAAAUUGAUUAUAGAUGGCAAACAAAAAAUCUUACCACUUCCUAUGUUUGGCUCUCUUCCGAGCACGGAACAAUUGAAAGUAUUUUGGAACGCCCCAAAGGACACCCGAAAAAUUAUCAUCACGACGAAUAUAGCCGAAACUUCCAUCACGAUACCUGGCGUUGUUUACGUAAUUGACAGCGGGUUUGUAAAAAUCCGUUGGUUUGAGGUGGAAACACACACUGACAGCCUAAUUGUAGCACCAGUAUCCAAAGCAUCUGCAAAUCAACGAGCUGGGCGGGCUGGUCGUGUAAGAUCCGGAAAAACGUACAGACUCUACACAGAGGAUGCUUUUGACAAAUUUGUUGAAGCAACUCCUCCAGAAAUGCAACGUUCAGAUCUAGCACCUGCCAUUCUACAGCUGAAAGCUCUGGGCAUCGAUAAUGUCUUGCGAUUUAAUUUUCCCUCACCGCCACCAACAAAAAAUCUUCUGUGUGGCCUAGAACUGCUUUAUCCUUUGGGGGCCAUUGACAAUAAUGGAGAAUUGACAAGUCCGCUGGGAGCAACGAUGGCAGAAAUGCCAUUAGAUCCUGUCUAUGCCAAGUGUUUGAUAAUCUCAGGUACUAUGGAAUGCUCAGCGGAGAUAACAAUCAUCCUAGCUAUGCUUCAGGUGCAAAAUGUGUUUACAAUACCCGGAGGGGGUCAAGCAGCUCUGAAAGCACGAGUCGCACGUCGCAAGUUCGAAGCAGAAGAAGGGGAUCUGAUCACGUUGUUAAAUGUCUAUACGGCCUAUGAGUCCCAGAAAGUAACAAGCUGGUGUCACCAGAAUUUUCUCAAUCACAAAACGCUACGAAGAGCCACAGAAAUUCGUACCCAGAUGUGUAAAAUGCUUAAAAAGUUGAAUAUUCCACUUAUCUCUUGUCAACGUGACACCGAAAAGGUUCUGAGGUGCAUUACUGCCGGCCUUUUUCCCAACACUGCGUAUCUUCAUUACGCUGGGGUGUACAGGACCGUUCGAGGUAGCAGGGAACUUGACAUUCACCCCAACAGCUGUCUGUACGCUGUUCAACAGCCUCAAUGGUUGGUAUAG